AUGCCUAUUCGGCCAGAAAUUCGGGAGUUGAAACGGAAUUCCCGCAAAUGGAAUCUCUACAUUCUCGCUCUGAGCAUGAUGCAGCACACCGACCAGGAUGAGGAGCUCUCAUGGUACCAAAUUACAGGCAUUCAUGGAGUCCCGUUCGUCCCGUGGAAUGGCGUCGAGGGCGUGACUGACGGUGCAAGUCACGGCUACUGCGCGCAUAUGUCUAUUCUUUUCCCCACCUGGCAUCGCCCUUAUCUAGCCCUGUACGAACAAGUUCUCUUCCAUCUCGUUCAACUGAUUGCAUCAUGGUUCAGGGACCCUAUCGAGAGAGCAGCAUACCAAGCGGCAGCAUCAGACUUUCGCAUUCCGUACUGGGAUUGGGCUGUAACCCCAGAUCCUGGUGAAAGUGCUUAUAUACCCGAGUUCCGACGAGAAGCUCUGUCUGUAUACGGCCCCAACGGCGAACAACUAAUCGCCAAUCCCCUCUUCAGCUACCAAUUUCGACCCCUGGACCCUGAGGUCUUUGGCUGGGGGGAUUUUCCCCAAUGGACUGAGACGAAAAGAUCCCCCGUAGGAAACACCUCGAAUAACACUCAGUCUGCGCAGGCCGUUGAUCGCGCGCUACCAAACUUGCAAGAACGGCUCUUCAACCUCUUCUCCAACUAUCGCGACUACGGUCCAUUCAGCAAUAAACGCUGGGGUGAAUGGACCGACUCGUCGCAAUAUGACUCGCUCGAGUCCUUACAUGACGAGAUACAUAUCGAGGUUGGGCAUGGGGGUCACUUGUUCUACCUUCAAUACUCGGCCUUUGAUCCCGUUUUUUUCCUCCAUCACACCAUGGUGGAUCGGAUUUUUGCCAUGUGGCAAGUAUUGAAUCCACGAUCGUGGGUGACGGAGCAGAACACUACAGUCCCAACUUACACCAUGGCACGAGGCUUGAUGCAGAAUAGCUCGUCCAGCCUCACGCCAUUCCUGGCCAACGUCGAUGGUCAAUUCUGGACCUCAGACAUGGCACGAUACACCCAAGACUUUGGGUACACCUACGCCGAAACAUCGAGUCUCGGCACGACAGGGCUCUCAGGGGUGAAUAUGGACGACAGAGCCCGUGUGAGCUUGGCCAUAAACCGCCUAUACGGCUCGUCCAGUCCCUCAAUGUUGGCCCGAAAACAGAAGAGCACGGAUCGGGAUAUUUUUCCAGAAAGAGGUACAAACUGGCUCCAAUGGCAUGCGAAAGUCACCAACGCUAUCAAGAAUCGUAUCCCGGAUCUGUCCCCUCAAGCAGAGCCACGCGUGCCCCCACUUGAGCUGGAACGGGGAGCGUACACCGAAUGGCUUGCCAACGUUCGCGUCAUCAAUGGGGCGUUGAACGGAUCUUUCUCCGUCCUCUUCUUCCUUGGUUCAGUCCCUCAGGACGUGGUCUCCUGGAAAGCGUCGUCGAAUCUGGUUGGAACAAUGGGUGUCUUCGCUAUGCCACGCAUGGGAAGCGGAAGCGGAAAUCACAUUUCAGGCACGGUGCCAUUGACCAAAGCCUUGCUCCGGGCGAUCGAUCAGGGGUUCCUGGGACAGCUUGACCAAGCUGAGGUGACAAAGUACCUCCAGGACAAUCUCCAGUUCCGGAUCGUCGGGCACGAUGGCACUGUGGCUGAUGCGCAACAAGUGAGAGGACUGUGUGUAGAGGUGGCUAGCUCCGACGUGAAGAUGGCUAUGAACGAGUGGGAGCUUCCGAGCUGGGGCCAAGUGAGGACGAGGUUUAAUAUGGUGUGUUGA